AUGAACAAGGUGUGCACUUCAGUUGGCCUUGUGGAUAUCUCUGCAACUAGUUGGAGUAGAAAUUACAGCAGGGAGCAUGGUGGCGAUCUCAAUGAAGCUGUGAAUGCACAUUUUACUGAAGGAGAUAGAAACACAUCAGUGAAUGUGCAUGAAACACCUGUUGCAGCUCAAGAUGAUUUGAUGGAUAUUGAUGAUCCAGUUCCAGUUGGACCUCGGAGAGAUCCUCUAUCACUUCUAUCUGCAACCCGUGAUAUAAAUCCAUUUUCUCUUCUUAAUCCAAGCUUUGGUAGCAGCAUAUUUGAAAGUGGGUCAGAUUUUAGAGAACGUGCACCAUUUGUUACUCAUCCAAGAGAGGUCAGGGAGAUCCCCAUAGAAGUCAAGGAUGAUGGCAAUCCCUCCAGCCAUUCUGGCCAUGCUCCUACUAUUGACGAUGUCACUGGAACAGCGCAUGCAUAUGGCCCCGGUAUCCCUGGGACUGUUAUAAUUGAUGAUGAAGAUGAUGAUGGUAUCCCUGGGACUGUUAUAAUUGAUGAUGAAGAUGAUGAUGUUCCAGCUGCCCCAACUGUUCAGGCUGGACAAGGCAGUGGGCCACAAGAUAUUUCUUCAGGUGAUGGAUCUCAUCACCGAAAUUUUGGACCUAGUGCUCCUCGAUUUGAUGAUCCACAGGAUUAUAGCAAUGAUAUCGAAGAAGAAAUGAUUCGAGCUGCCAUCGAGGCUUCAAAACGUGAAGUUGAAGAAAGCCAACAAAAUCAACUAUUUGCUGCACCAACUCAGUUUGAUGAUAACGAGCCUCAGCAAAGGCCGCCUCACCUAGAGGAUCCUGAACUUGCACAUGCGGUUUCAUUGUCAUUGAAGACAGCAGAGCAAGAGAAAGCAUUGCGUGGUCAGGGGGAAAAUGUUGGCCCAUCAGAGAUGGGGGCUUCUAAGGCAGCUGAGGUGGAGCUGGGAAAAUUAACGGCACCAAACGGAAGGUUGGAAGGAGGAAGCUCAUCCAUCCAAGAUGAAACUGAAGACGUGGAGGAGCAGCCUCUUGUCAGACAUAGGUCCAGGCGAAUGUCCUCUGGCUCUGUGGAGUCUGCCAAAGACGUUGGAGCUACUGAGGAUAGCGCACCUUCAAGUCCUGGAGAGCAGGAUAUGGGUAAUCAUCCUAGGCACAGUGGAAGUGUCUUCCCUACUGAUGAGUGGGGAGGCAUUUCUUCAGAGGAGCAUGAUGAAGCAGUGAUGCUUGAGGCUGCAAUGUUUGGUGGAAUUCCUGAAGGUUCUGGAUAUCGCCUUCCCUAUGCACCUCAUCAGUUUAUGCGAACUGAGAGUUCGUAUCCCCGGCCAGCACCUCGUCCUCCUUCACCCUCUCUGACAGCGCAGCGGUUGAUACGGGAACAACAGGAUGAUGAAUAUCUUGCAUCACUUCAAGCUGAUAGAGAAAAGGAACUGAAGGCUAUUGAGGAAGCUGAAGCUCGUCGUCAAGAAGACAGACUAAAAGAGGAAGAAUCUCAGAGGAAAUUUGAGGAGGAGCAGGUACUGUGA